AAACCACUAAUCAUAUGUGCGAUAAUUACUUUAAAUGUGCUUAUCUAACCUUAACCCACCUGAAUUCAACCCAUGAUUAUUUCAGAGAUCAUAUCUUUUCUAUGAUUACUCGAGGUCAUUACUCCAACGCUAGUUUGUUUAUCUAACCUUAACACUUUAACGCAUUUACCAUUCGAAGGGGGCUAUUGCUCAAUUUUGAUCUGUUUACCCAACCUUCGUCGCUCUGCAAGUGACAUAACUGCAGCCCGUGAGUUCACUUCGCGGAAUAUGCAAAUUUUCCGGGCCAUAGUCGGCCACAAAUGUCUUUCUAAUAAGGAGAGUUUAUCUACGAUUGCCAGAGCACUGAGAAAAAUGUACAUAACUAAUUUUCUGCUUUCAUAGAAUGGGUAGUAUAAUAUAGGUAUACAUUUUUCUGUGUGUCGCUUUCGUUGUGGACUGUUGCACCCGCUGUAUCAAAAGCACCAUCUGCUCCAACUCAAACUUGUUGAAUCACUUCUUUAAGUGAUGCUUUCUUUUCUUAUCCUCGGCGAAUCAGUUAUCGUUAUCCAAUCGAUCGUUGGCCACUUGACAUCGCAAAUUCGCCUACUAUUUGGGCCCACGAAGCGUUGAAGACGCGCCUCCGUCUUACGCUAUGGUUUUCCGACUAAAUGAAUAUCAUAUCUUGAUUGCCGGAGCGUGGGGCAUGUAAUUCUCCGACUCCAUGGAGCUUACAAAGCGAGUUCCGAGUUUUGGGGUGACAAUCAGACGAAUUCCAGCCGCUGGAGCGACAGCAUGUGCUUGGCGCGGAUCUUACAUGUGCUGGGUAUAAUGGCCCUCUUUUCGCAACUGGGUUUCUUCGGAGAAAGUGUCGUUGGGAGCGAUGUGAGCUAUGGGGAUUUUUACGGCAAUGCCAGUGCCAGAAUGCUUCGAUUCCGAGACUUUGAACCUCGCCAGCAAAGCGGAAGAAUGGACGUGGAACUCGACCUGGAUGCGGAGGAAAAGGCUGGACAGGAUCGCGAGGGUCGUGGCUUCCAUUUCCAUGCCAGCGGCGAGGAUGUGAGUGUGGAAUUGGAGUUUAUCGUUCCCUUCCUCAAAGUUCCUGUGAAGAGGAGCAUGAACAUGGCUCGAGAUGCUAUCCAGAACAUACUAAAUCUACGAACUGGUGCUCUAGUGAACACAGCAGUUGUUGUGGCCGCUGGAGCAGUCAUAGCUGGUGUAGUUCGAUUACUUAUAGCUCCACUGGUGAUCACCUCGCUGGGUAAUGGAUAUGGCUACAAAUCCCAUCCAGACAGAAGCAUGCGCCGGUUCACUGAUGUGGUAGAGUCCCAACUGGAGGAGCAUAACAUCGACAUGUCCGUAUGUGUACAGCGAAUGAUCUGUCAGUAUCUGCAGCAAAACCUAUCAUCCGGGUAUGCCAGGGCUCUGAAUGUUUUGACCAGCUCCUCCUGGUUGCAUUCUGUCGUCGAUGGAACUGCAGUCUUCCAUGCCAUCCAAUCAGCUAGAAGUAGUCGCAGUUGUACCCAUACAUAUCGAAGUUGCAAAUGGCCCAAUCGGCUAAAUUGGAAGUCCUGGGAAAUACCAAAGGUUCCCAAAUUUAGUAAUGGAUAACAUCGAAUGUUUCAAAAACCUUGUUAUAUUUAUUUAUUUAUUUAAAAAGAGAUUCAAACAUUAAUAUUCUUAAGUUAUUGUA